AGCGCGAUGAGCACGCCUCUCAACCUCUGGGCGGCAAAUGAACAUCCCGACCACUUCUCGUAUGAUUGCUCCGGGCACUGCGUGUUAUCCGUGAUUGCUUAUUUUGCAUGCUUGGGUACUAUAUGACUUUACUCUGACUGCUUGGAAAAACACACUUCCUGGCUUAAAAGCAAGCCUUGAGAAUAAGACACAACAAACACUGAAGGGAAAAAUAUCAUAUUAACACAAAGGCGCAGUGAUUUUAAUUUCUUCAGAAAAGAACAAAGAAACCUGGGUAGCUUAGCUUGUUUAUCUACAGGAUUUUUUUUCAAAACGGGGUUCUAGAACUGGUUAUGCAGCAAACCAUAAGUGAAGAUGGAUGAAGACAGUGUCUCCGACAGAUCGGAGAGCGAAGAACCAGGCUACAGCAAUGAAUAUGAUGAAUUUGGCCGCGUGAAACGCCGAAAGCUCUUUGAUCCAGAUGAUUUCGAUUCUGACGAUGCCGAUUUGCAGCAGCCUUCGUCGGACGAAUCCUCCGACGCUGAGCCGUACGAAGCAAACCAGUUCAUUGAUGAUGAGGCUGUCUUCUCAUCCAUCAAUCGGAUGGAUAGAAGGCAUCGUCGACAACAUGACUCCGAUAGCUUCGGCGGCCGACCGGGGAAGGGGGUUAAGCGUGGUCCAAGGAAGCCACUGGAGCCAAGCGCAGAGUUCAAAGAAUUGCAUUCCGCCGCUACAUCGGCGUUUAUCGACUCUGAUUACGACCGAGCCAUCGUUCUUGUAAAACAGGCCAUUCAAAUCAACCCGGAAAUGUUCGCGGCUCAUUCUUUGCUAUCUGAGAUCUUUCUCGCUCAGGGUCAGAAAGACAAAGCGUUAGCAGCACUAUUUAGCGGAGCCCAUACCAGACCGAAGGAUCCAACGGUGUGGCUAAAGGUCGCUAAAAUGAUUUUGGAUCAUGCUGGUGAUGACAGAACAGCAGCCCUGCAGGACGUGAUCUACUGCUAUAGUCGCGUGAUUGAUGUCGAUGCGGCGAACUAUGAUGUACGCUUUGAAAGGGCUGCCAUGUAUCGCGAGUUAGGUCACAAGGGGAAAGCCGCCCAAGAAUAUGAAAGGCUUCUCAAGGAUCUCCCUCACAAUACAAGAGCUUUGCGGCAUCUUGCCGAGACUUAUAUUGAUAUAAACGAAGUUUCAAAAGCCAUGUCUCGAUAUGAUGAAAGUAUCACCUACUACUCCUCCCUGAGUCCCCAAGAGGCUACCGAUUUUGACUGGUCAGACGUCAAUAUCUAUGUGGAACUUUUUGGGUAUCAGCGGAACUACUGGGAAGGUCUGAGGGCCCUUAGAUCUCUCUCCAGAUGGCUACUUGGGAGAAAAGAUGACGUGGAAUGGGAUUCAAUAUGGGAAGACGACCGGGAAUGGGAUGCCGAGGAUUACCCUCGUCGCAUCAGUACCCCAUGGUUCUCUCCUUCAAGGUAUCCCGUGGAAUCAUACGGUGUUGGGCUUCCACUCGAGCUUCGUAUCAAGCUGGGUAUUUAUCGACUGAAAAUGGGACCUGAAUUUAAGGACGAAGCAAUGUCUCAUUUUGUCUGGCUAGCACCAGAAGAGACGGCUCCUGGUUCGAGAUUGUAUGAUUAUGGGGAUCUUUUUCGAGAAACCGCGGACGCAUUGAAGGAGGCUAAAUUUUAUCCUGAAGCGCUGCUAUUCUAUACACCUCUUCAGUACACCCAAGAAUUUGCAGAUACGAGCCUUUUUAUGGCGAUGGCGGACUGCCACCUGGCCUGCAAAAACGACUCUGAUGCAGAGAGCUGUCUCCUCACGGUAGUCGAAUAUGAUCAAACCAAUAUUGAUGCAAGAGUAAAAUUGGCGAAAUUUUACGAGAGUAUGGGCAUGAUGGAGCAAGCCCUCAAAUAUGUGACAGAAGCAGUCGAACUUGGGCGUCAGGAGUCGGUACCAAUGCGGAGACGGAGGGGAAAUUUUGGCGCGAGGAUCGAGCAGCUCGCAAAAGAAUUCCGCUCCAUGGAAUCUGGUAUCAGUGACCAUGGAGAGAUGGAAUUGGAACCCCCCAGGUCACCGGACCAUAUGAACGGUCCCAUAUCAUUCACCGGCCCAGCGCCCAUUCCAAGUUCGAAGGAAGUUAGGCCAGAGGAUAGAAUCGCGUCCGCGAUCCAGAAUGCAGAGCAUGUACGCUACUUAUAUAAAAAGUCAUUGGAGCUUCGACCUUCCAUGAGAAUUGGAGAGGAGGAUGCGACGGAAGAUUGGUUGGACAUUGUGGAUGCUCUUUUAAGAAGUUUCCGAUCAAAUCGAGUGUUCUUUCCUUUGCAAAAAGGAAUGAUGUUCGUUGGAUAUUCGAAGGAAGCUCAUCGCAAAGCUGGGCGCCUAAAAGGACCCGAUAUCAUGGAUGAGGUCCAGGAGUUAGCAGCCAGAAUUCAGGCAGCCUUAGGAACGGCCGAGUUCGACCCCGAUUCAAUUCCGAUGGACUAUCACGGAAUAUCCUUUGAUGCUUGGCUUGAUCUCUUCCUGGAAUACGCGCUUGUUCUAGCUGGUCAAGGGCAUGCGGAAGAAGCAUAUGAUUCUCUAGCAGCGGCGGCUGAUGCAAACAUCUGGUAUCAUUCGAAACCCUGCACACGCCGGAUUUAUGUUUGCUGGUUCACUUGUGCAAUUCGACUCCAGGAUGAAGACGUUCUCGCAAGCAUCGCCAGGUGGUUUAUGAAAGAAUAUCAGUUCGUCACCGACACAUACCGCCUAUUCGCGACUCUCAGCCGUGUCUGUGGCGACCCGAGAAAGUCCCUAUUCCACUCUUCCCCGAGCAUGAAAUUCAUGCUUCGUCAAGUGAAAGCCAUUGACUAUUCCAUCACUGAAGAUCCUUCAUCCACCACCACCGAUCCUCGCCCAACGUUCUUCGCCGAGCGUGCUAGCCUCACAACAAAAGAUGAGUCCGGAAAUCUCAUACCCGCCGAAGACAUGGACGUCUCUCUACUCGUGCUAUACGGUCACAUUCUCUACGCAGGAAACAGCUUCACCAAUGCGCUCAACUACUUUUUGCGCGCAUACGCUCUUGACCCAGAGAAUCCGGCGGUCCUGCUGUCCAUAGGGCUGAGUUAUAUCCAUCACUCGCUAAAACGACAGUCCGACAAUAGGCACUACCUGAUCAUGCAAGGGCUCUCGUUUAUGCAAGAGUAUCGGAGGGUAAGGGAGAAUAGUAGUGUUCCGCAGGAGAGACAAGAAGUCGAGUUCAAUUUCGCGAGGGUAUGGCAUAUGCUGGGUCUCGCGCACUUGGCGGUUAGAGGCUAUGAAAGAUGCCUCGAGUUGAGUGGGGAGAUCCAAGCUGAGAAGCAGAAGGAGCAGCUGCAGAAGGUGGAUGAUAAGAACGGGGACGGUGCUUGUGCGGAAGAUUAUGCACGUGAGGCAGCGUAUGCCUUGCAAUGUCUUUAUUCGCUUGGUGGGGAGGUGGAGAUGGCGAAAAAGAUCACAGAGAAAUGGCUCGUUAUUUGA